AUGUCGGCCUUACCAAACGCGUACGGCACCUCGAAGGGCUCGGCUCAUGUCACUCUCCUCGCCCGGCACCGAGGCUCUGGCGUCGCUCGCGCGUCGCGAUCCCCGCCGCCACAUGGGCAGGCGCGUAUGCAUCUUGGACCACCCCUCAUGGUCCUCGCCGACGGUUCUCACGAGCUGCGCGACACGCGUUUCAAAAUAACUGUGGUUUCAGCUGCGCCUUCAAUAGCAGUCCCCCGACAUACGACCGCCUUCGAGGCCAGUCGUACGUACAGGCUCAAUAAGGGCGCGGUCGAUCGCUUCCCGCUGUCCAAUCCAGCGGCGAAAGUAGGGUAUGGUCCCGCGCCAGGCGGCGGCGCGCACGACCCGAUGAAUGCUGCUCCGUGA